GGGCGUCAAAAAUCCGGCAGCGUCGACCCGUUUCUUUCGUUCACUUCUAUUAUUAAUUAAGUAUUUCAUAAACACCAAUAUGUAGUGAGUAAUUAGUGGUUAUUUAGUGCUUAUUGUCUAGCUAUAAAAUUGUUAAAUUACAUUUUCUUGAUAUCCACUUUGAAUGAACGUCACGAAGGAAUUCCAAUCAUUAUGGAAGCUGUUUCUUAUUCUCUUCAUGGUGAUGAAUGGCAGAACGUGGAUGUCAAAUGAAAGUUUUAUUCAUCAUUAAUUUUUUCCCGCGUAGAUUCUCAUUUUUAUACAUUUUAUAUUCUUCAAUGUUUGGAUAUUUUCAACUAUGACAAGUUAUGAUUGAUUGCUAGUCAAUCUGAGUGUGCUAUUGAAGUGAGGAAGUUUUUAAAAUUGGGUUAUUAGCCCAAGGACACAUGAAAAACAAUAGAUAAAAUAUACGUUAUUUUAAUCAUUUUUAAUUUACCUUUGUAAAUAUUUUAAUUGGAUUAUACUUGAAUUUAAUAAUUACAACAUGAAGAUUGAUUUGAAAAAGUGUUGUAGACGGACGCUCAAUCGAUACCACAGGAAAUGAUGAAGAGAAAAUUUUGAAUUGAUUAAUUAAAUGUUGAUAAUAAUCAAUGAAAAUUUAUUAUAAUUCAAUAAAAAAAUAAGAUAUCAAAAUCUGGAAGCUACGAAUUAGUGGCACAAGAGCUCGCAUACAUAUUUAUAGAUCGCUCUUCUUGAGUUGGAGGUGUGAAUCGACGCGACACGUUCAAGCGAGAAAUUUACUCCCUUCGUUUCAAAGUUAUUGGAGUCAAUUCACAAAAAAAAAACAUUAAAGACAUUGUAAUUAUUUCGUGAUUUUGGAUUUUAUAUCGUAUAAUUAUGAUUACGAUACAAUUAAUAAGGACGUUGCAAUUUGGAACAAGUAAAUAAUCAUCAAUUUUAUGUUUAUCUUUUUAAAAAUUGUAAAGAUUCAAGAUGAUGUUCACUGGUGGACGAUCAUCACAUAUGAAAAAGAGAAAUGCUAGUGGAAGUAGUAGGAAAUUACUUUUAGAUAAAAAUUCAUCCAAUCGUGUUGGACCAGAAGGAUAUACUUACAGAACAAGGAUACCUUCACCAUUGAACCCUCAAGAUCUUCCGGCUCCCAGCACGAGUAGAACUUACGUUUAUAGAACACGAGUACCCAGGCGGGAUAUUACAUGUGCAUCAUCUCCACCUCCAGACACAACAACAGGCGUUCCUAUUACACGAAGAAGAGGAGCUGUUAAACAUAAUAAAGUUCAUGUAAUUCGAGGUCACAAACUUGUAGCAAAAUUUUUUAGACAACCAACUUUUUGUGCCUUUUGCAAAGACUUUUUGUGGGGUUUUGGAAAACAAGGAUAUCAAUGCCAAGCUUGCCAGACUGCUGUCCACAAAAAAUGUCAUGACAAACUUUUAACUAAAUGCCCUGAAAGUGGGCGGGAAUCAGAAAAUACAAUUUAUUUAAGGGAACGCUUUAAAGUGGACGUACCUCAUAGAUUUCGAACACAUACAUUUAUGUCUCCAACUUUCUGUGACCACUGUGGUUCCUUGUUGUAUGGAUUCUUCCGCCAAGGCUUGAGGUGCGAUGGUGAAAAUCGUCUUCGCCGAGACCGACCCACAAUAAGAAUCCGUUCUCAAGCUCUGAAAGAUAAUCCAGCACUUCGAGAUCAUGUUGAGCGUCGUGAAAAAACCGCUGGUGAACUUCUUGUUGAGAAAUUUCUCAUUAGAGAUAAAAAAGCAAGUCUUGAUGACAUUCGAAUGAAGAUGUACCGACAAGUCAGCCUAGAAUCAAACAAAAAUGAACAGGAAGCAAUUAAGAGGAGAAUAACACGAAAAUUUACUAGAAGAAGAUCAUCAGCAGAUGUACAAAUCGACCCAGAACAACUCAAACGAGAAAUAGAGAUUGCUCAAGUUCAGGCAAAGGUUUUAGAUAGCUUAGUGGCUGAAGAACAAGCUGAGAUUGAAGUAGAAACACGUAAAGGUACUUUAAUUCAUAAAAAUGCUGUUAGAACACAUCCACCAAUACUCAAGAAAACUACGAGUGAAUCUGAUGACACUGAUAGUACAGAAACGAAAAAGAAAAUUCAGAAAAAAACUAAGAAACGUAAGAAGACCACAGAUAAACCAUCUCCACCCCAAGAAGUGCCAUCGGAAAUUGAAGAGUCGGAAACUGAUAGUAAAGUAUUUAAAGUUGAAGCUAGCAAUAGUGUUGAUGAUUUGUCAACGCUUGUAGUAAAUGCUAGGGAUAAAAAAAUUGAACAAUUUAAAGAAAGUAUCAAACUUCCUGCUCCAAAAUCUUUUUUCAAGAAAAAUCAUCAAGAUAUUGAAGAAGAAGUGGUCAUUCUCCCAGCUAAAAAACCGUAUGUUCAUGAUCAGUCACGAAACAGUGUGUACCUGACCCUGAAGACAUCGAAUUUAGAGUUGAAAGGUAAUGACCAACAACAGAAUGUAAAUAAUAUUCAAGCAGAUCAAUCGAUAGAUGAUGAAGAGUCUAAAGUUGCCAAGAUUGGAUCUAAAGAUAUCAUUGAAAGUGAUGUAGAGGUCAACGACGGAAGGGGAUUGAAAGAUCAGGGGAAGAGUUGGGUAGAGGGCGAAGGAUGGAUGCCUGAAGCAGCAGAAAAAAUUAAUCGAGUCAGUGAGCAUGACAAAGACUUGAUAUCCGGGUCCGAAAAAAUUGUAGAAAGUUCAAAGGGUAUUGAUAAUUCUCAAAGGGUUAAAGAAUUACAAAAAGAUCUCAAAAAGACUCAUACAAAGACACUCUGUGAGAUUUCCGAAUUUCCGUCGCGGGAAGUCAGCCAAGAGGAUUUCAAGGGUACACAUGACAGAACGUGGAACGAUAAAUUGUCAUCCUUGACAAAAAACCUAGCAAAAGAUUCUACGCCGAGUGAGAAGAAGAAAGAGAAAAGACUUAAAGAAAAUGACGAAUGUCUAGUUGACGUAAAUUCUGUUAAAACUCAGGAAAGUCAGCAACAAGACGAUGAGAAAAGCAAGAGCUUGCCAAAUUCAACGGUAAUUAAUCUUGAAACCAACAGAAAUGAACAGAAUGAGUCAAGGAUAAAUGAGUCCAAGUUUUUAAGUGAAAGCAAGGCAUCUAUCCAGGAAAUAAUUGAACCUAGUACUACUACAGGUCGUGAAGCUGAAAAAACUACUUUAACUGUGAUACAAAAUAAGACUAAAUUGAUUGAUGUUAUUGAUAAUGAGAAUAAUCAUAAAUCACCUGAACAAAAUAAUCUUUCAGGAAUAUUAAAUAAUAGUUUGAAAGGUGAGAUAAAGGUUCAAGAAGAGGUUAAAAAAGUACCUAAAAAAGUUAAUAAACAAAAGAAUGCUCAAAAGACACCAAAACUCAAAGAGGAUGUUUCUCAAGAAUCAAAUGAUAGCGUUAAUGACAAGAACAUUAACUUGAAAGUUAAAGCCCUUAAGGGUUUGAAAAAAAUAUUGAAACAUUCUAAAGGAACAUCUUUUGAGUGUGAUCAAAAUUCUGAAUUAAAAGAAACUGAUACAUGUAACUUGGAGAAUGAUGAUGAAAGUAAAUCUCCAGUUCAAAACAAACCAAAAAGUAAACUAAUUUCAAAGAGUAUUUCUUUUGAAGAUGAAAAAGAUCAAUCAAAAGUUGUAAAUACUAAAAAAGAUUCUAUUCUUGGAGAAAUUAAUUCAGCAGAGCCAAUAAUUAACGAAAUAAUUCCCAAAGAUUUAUAUUCAAAAUCAAAAACAAACAUUUCUAAAUCCCCUGUCUCGUCAUUCGAUAGUGAAGAAAUUAAAUCUCCGAUAUCAUUGCCACUAGUUCAAGAAGAAAAACAAUUAGAGUUAUUGGGUGAUAAACAAACACAAGAGUCUUCUCAAGAAAUCGAUUUUUGGAGUGAAAUAAAACCUGAAGAUGAUUUAAAAGUUAAAAAGCCUAAGCCUGUAUCAAAUAUUUCUACAACUAAAAGUACAAGUGAGUCCACACCUACAUCACCAGAGAUUGAGAAAGUGAAAUUGGAGAAACCUGUAGUGGUGGAAUCUUCUAAUAAAGUGCCAGUGAAAGCAAAGAAAAAGAAGUGCAGCGAAAAUUCGAUGGAGAAAGAAAAGAAGAAACACACGAAUAUUAUUUUUGACACUGCAGUAAACCCGUUGGAAGAUGAACAGAAGCAUCUUGUAGAUGUUAAGAGUUCAGAGAACUCUGAGUCUAUUAAAAAAUCAUCUAAAAAACCAGAUGAAGUUACAGAGAAAUUAAAUACAUUAAAGCCUCAUUUAAAAAUUGAAAUAAAUAAUAAAAUAAAGAGUAGUAAUUCUAUUAUUAAAAAUUCUGAAAAUCUCGAAAUAGAUAAACUAAUUAUAUCACCACAAAUUACUUCUGAUAAACUUGAAAAUAUUGAACAAAUAUCCGAAAAUAAAGAAAUUAAUGUAAAUUCUUUGAAAUCUGAUGCGUCUUCAGAAGUAGAAAUUCCAGUUGUUGUAAUAGACACACUAGAUAUUCCUAGAACAAUUAUUGAGGCAGUAACUGAAGAAGAAGAAGAAAAUGAUGAUGAUGAAGAUGAGUGUCCAAUAACUCCAAUAAAUGAAGAAGAAAAAGUUUUAAGUAGUAACAUGUCUAAGUGGAAUGGUAGUUCUAAUUUGACAGAAUUAAAUGAAAAAGAGGUCGCGUCAACGACAGUUGAAACUGGAAAUGAGGUCGUGGGAUCUACGAACGCAAGUGUACAAUCAUCAGGGAAGAAAAAGUUGGGGAGGAAAAAGAAGUCAAUCAGCGUAAGCCCAGAGACUACAGUUAUAAGAAAAAAUCCAGAAGAGAAAGCAGUUUCUAAAAAUUCAAUCAGUUCAGACGCAACUGUGAAAGCUAAAGCAUAUAAAAACUCACCAAAAGCUCAACUUGCACCUGCAGUGAUACCUAAUAAUCGUCCAAUAGAUCUUGUGAAAAUGUUUUAUACAACUCCAUCGUCUUUAUUAACUGCCACACCAAGAGAUUUAUCGAAAGUUAAACGUGCAAAAAUUAAGAGAAGAAAACAUUCAACACCUUCAGCUAGUAGUGAUAGUACAGGAAGUAGUAGAAGCACUGGAAGGGCUGAGAGUACUCAGAGUAAUUCUACUGUUGAAGAUGAGGCUGAGCAGAAAAGAAUUUCUUCUACUAGAAGCAACGACUCAGGCUUCGAUGGUUCACCUAGGCUUUCGACUCCUUCUCAGUCUUCUGAUAAUCAACGUAACUCAGAUAGUUCAGAUCAUCUCCAUAGUAGCGGUAGAAUCACACCACCAGCGACCAACUUACCAAGAUUUAAAAAAUAUGCAGUUGAAGAUUUUAAUUUUUUGAAAGUCCUUGGAAAAGGCAGCUUUGGUAAAGUAUUACUAGCAGAACUACGUGGCACAGACUGUGUUUAUGCUGUAAAAUGUUUGAAGAAAGAUGUAGUAUUAGAAGAUGAUGAUGUAGAAUGUACACUCAUUGAAAGAAAAGUUCUUACACUAGCAACGCGACAUCCGUACUUAUGUCAUCUAUUCUGCACCUUUCAAACAGAUUCUCAUCUGUUCUUUGUUAUGGAAUACUUAAAUGGUGGAGAUUUAAUGUUUCACAUACAGAAAUCUGGACGAUUUCCAGAAUUCCGAGCGAAAUUCUAUGCUGCUGAAAUCUGGUCGGGGUUAAAUUUUCUUCAUAAAAAAGGAAUUGUUUAUAGAGAUUUAAAGUUAGAUAAUGUUCUGCUAGACUUUGAAGGGCAUAUUAGGAUAGCAGAUUUUGGCAUGUGCAAACUUCAGAUAUUUCUAGAUAGAACGGCUGAUACAUUUUGUGGUACACCUGAUUACAUGGCUCCUGAGAUUAUCAAAGGACUAAAAUACAACCAAUCAGUGGACUGGUGGUCAUUUGGUGUUUUACUUUAUGAAAUGUUAACCGGUCAAUCGCCUUUUUCUGGUUGCGAUGAGGAUGAACUCUUCUGGAGUAUUUGUAAUGAACGGCCAUUUAUACCUAGAUACCUCACUCAAGAGUCAAUGGAUAUUUUAAUCUAUCUGUUAGAAAAAGAUGCAGGAAAGAGGCCGCUUGGUCAUGAAGUUCAAGCCCAUUCAUUUUUCCAUAAUAUCAAUUGGGAUAGAUUGGAAAGAAGAUUACUUGAACCACCAUUUAAACCUACUCUAGAUCAUACAUUGGAUACAAAAUACUUUGAUACCGCGUUCACGGCUGAAAGGCCUCGACUCACCCCAGUACCUGAACAGAUUUUGUCUUCGAUGGAUCAAGGAGUUUUCCGAGGAUUUUCUUACACAAAUCCCAAUGCUACUGACUGAACAAAACGAAGUGUAGAAUAAAAAAUAGGAAUCUUAUAUAAGGAAUAAUAUCGAACUGUGAACGAGCGUUCUGGUUUGUAGCUGAAAGAUAUUGAAGGACGUAAAGAGUGAAAUGUCAAAAACGUUUCCAAGAACGUAUGAAAUUUUGAUAAAUACGUUUAUAAGAGUUCAUCGAAGCAUUCUUCCAGUCAAAAUGAUUAUUAUGUAGAUAUAUAUUUAUUUGGGUGAUCAAAACCACCAUCACACAGUGAUUUAAAUUUAUCACAGGGGACUGACGCUUUGUAGGAAUUAUCAAGAGAUUGAUGAAAGUGUUUAUGCGUCUUCAAAAGAGUUUUUAUGUGUCUAAAGAUAAAAAAAAAUAUUAAUGAAGACUUAAAUGUAUAGUAAUUUAAAUGUUAUUAAAAAUAAUUCAGUUGAUUAA